UUCUCAUUAAUGCCAAUAUCACGGGAAACCGAAACGAAUACUCAAUUUUUUGGUUCGAUUUUUCAGUUCUGUAGUUGGGUUUAUUAAAUUGAAUAAAUUUCGGUUUUGUUUUGUUAGGUCGUUUUCCGUUUCAAAAAUUUAGCUUUAAAAUUGAUCAAUCAAAGCCAUUUCGAUAAUGUGGUCCGAUACAGUAUUGAUAAUAUUUAUUUCGUUGUGUACAGCGUUUUUGGGUGAAGGAUUGACAUGGCUCUUAGUAUACCGAACAGAUAAAUUUCAAAAAUUAAAAACUGAAAUUGAAAAACAAAGUAAAAAACUGGAGAAGCGAAAAGAGACAUUGGGUGAUUCGUUGGACAAGCAGCACAAGAAAAAGAUUGAACGCGAUGAAGAAAAGCUGAAGAACAAUAAUCGAGAUUUGUCAUUGGUGAAAAUGAAAUCAAUGUUAGCAACAGGAUUUGCAUUUACUGCCCUUCUCAGCAUGUUCAACAGCAUUUUCGAUGGUCGAAUUGUAGCACGGUUGCCAUUUGUACCAAUAUCGUGGAUUCAAGGUUUAAGCCAUCGAAAUCUUUCUGGCGAUGAUUACACCGAAUGUUCUUUUAUUUUUUUGUACAUUCUCUGUACAAUGUCGAUUCGGCAAAAUAUUCAAAAACUCCUUGGUUUUGCACCAUCACGAGCAGCCAGCAAACAAAGUGGUGGACUAUUUGGCGCCACACCAGGUCAAUUCAAAUAAAUCGAUUUGUAUGAACUGCAAUAAUACCAAGAAAUUUUAAUAAUAAUAACCAGAAGCAACAUGGAAGGUGAAUUUAUAUUAGUAAAUAUUAUUUGACUGUACUUGGAAAAAGACGGAGAACAAAAAAGAGAACCAUUCAAUGUACAAAAAUAAACGAAUUAAAUACAAACGUCA